AUGCUACAGCAGGAGGAGUAUAAGUAUGAGGAGGCAGCUGAGUCGCCUGCUACGAUUAAUCAAGCACUAAAUGGCCUCAAGUGCCCGCUCAGUUUCAAGGAGCAUAAGCCAGAUACCUACUACAUGGAGCUCACGAUACUCUUCCGCAUGGAAUAA